AUGUGCCUCUGUCGUCUGCUCACGCUGCUGAUGGCUUCCGCUUUUUAACCUAGGCCUGUGUAUGGCUUCCGAAUACUGCUGCUGCCUCCACCGCCACCCUGCGCCAUGUGCCUCUGUCGUCUGCUCACGCUGCUGACGGCUUCCGCUUUUUAAACUAGUCCUGUGUAUGUCUUCCGAAUACUGCUGCCUCCACCGCCACCCUGCGCCAUGUGCCACUUUCGGGUCUCCUCACACUGCUGCCAGGUCCAGAGUGUGUCAUGGGUCCCUGUACGGCCUCCCAUUGCUGCUGACUUCAUCGCCAGACUCUGCCAUGUGCCACUUUCAGGUCUCCUUACACUGUUGGUGGGUUCCAUUUUGUGAUAGGGUGUGC